AUGGGAAAAUUAGCUGAUAUUCUUAGUAUUGCUGGAUAUAAUGUAACUUCUGUAUACCUUCCAGUAGAUCAUGAUAUUAAAGAUAUUGUUGUAACUAAAUUUGGAAAAAAUAUUAGAAGUAGUUUUAAAAAUAAUAUAACUAAAAAUGAUAAAAAAGAUAAAAAUUAUGUUAAAUUUAAAAAAGAUAUUUGGACACAAUCACAAACAAAUUUUUUUCAAAUUAGAAGAAUGACUGAAACUAUUGGUCAAAUGCUUAAAAAAUCAUGUAAAAAAUUUAUUGAUGAUGAUGUAUUGACAAAUCAAAUAAAAAAUGAAAAAUUUGAUUUAGCUAUAAGUGAAGCUUUUGAUAUUUGUGCAAUUGGUCUUUAUCAUCAAUGGGGUAUUGAAAAUCAUUUGACUGUUAGUUCUGGAUUAUUUUGGUCAACAUAUUAUCCUUUAUUUGGUUUACAUUUUCCUGUAACACAGGUACCAGAAUUAUAUGCUGACUAUGGACAUAAAGGAAUGGGCUUAAAAGAAAGAAUUUUAAAUAUUUAUUUUCAUUAUUUUGGAGAUCCUUUUCUUAAAGCUCCAUUUAUUUUUGAACAAGAAUUAUUUGAUCAAAAAUUUGGUAAAGGUGUUGUAAAUUUAAAAAAAAAAAUUUCUGAUGCUGUAUUUCAUAUAACAAAUACUGAACCAUUAUUAGAUUUUGCACAUCCAACAUUAGCAAAAAUUGUUGAAAUUGGUGGAUUUUCUAUUCCAAAAAUAAAUCCAUUAACAGAUGAAUGGAAUGAAAUAUUAAAUGUACGCCCUCAUAAUAUUAUCGUUUCUUUUGGUACUGUAGCUGAAAGUUAUUUAAUGCCAGAUGAGUAUAAAAAAAGUUUAUUAACAGUAUUCAAGAAAAUGUCAAAUAUAACUUUUAUAUGGAAAUAUGAGAUUGAUGAUAAAGUAGGUGAUGGAAUAAAAAAUUUAAUUAAAAAAAAAUGGUUUCCACAAACAGAUCUUCUUGGAGAUAAAAGAAUUUCAGGUUUUAUUUCACAUGGUGGUAUGAAUAGUUUUUCAGAGGCAGCUUAUCGUGGUGUUCCUGUAAUAGCUGUACCAUUAUUUGCUGAUCAAUCAAGAAAUUCAAGAGUUAUUGAAAUGUUAGGUAUAGGAAAACAAUUAAGUAAAUUUGAUGUUAAAAAUUCUGAUAUUGUUGAAGAUACCAUAAAUGAAGUUUUUCUAAAAAAUACUGAAUAUUAUAAAAAUGUUCAAAAGAUAAAGAAGAUUCUUGAAAACAAACCAUAUAAUUCAACAGAAAUAUUUAUAAAAUACGUUGAUUUUGCAAGUAAAUUUGGUGUACAACCACAAAUGAGAAUGCUUAGUGAAGAUCAUACAUUCAUUGAAAAUUACAACUUAGAUAUCAUAGCUUUACUAACUUUUCCAAUGAUCUUUAUAAUAUAUAGUGCAAAAAUAUUUAUCAAUUGGUUAAUAAAGAAAAGUAAUAAAAAAUCUAAAAAAAAAACUAAUUAG